UUAAUGCAGCUGUGCAGUUGUGUCACUGAGAGCAUUACGUCUUUAUGGCAGCUGUGUGCCGAGAAGGCUCAUGGGACCCAUGAAGGCGUGUAGUUGUCCAGCUGUUUCCUCUCACACAGGCUGUAACUGGAGCACGGUGAGGACAGUGAGCGUGACUGGAUUUUUAACCAAAACGUGCAUAAAGUUUUGCAGUAUUUCUGUAAAUCCGCAGCAUUUAUAAAGAACGCCCGGAAGUGAAGUGGUAUCCGCGAUCAGUCGCAGGUAGCACUGAUGCGUCAGGUGUGCGGCAGGACAAAGUCUCACCGCUACAUGCUUCCUGCCUCUCUGUGACCUCUGACCCUUAUAAAUCCACACAUGACUCCGCCCGAUGAAAUAUAGAUGGUGGGAUAGAUUGGUGUAACUCCGAUGAGGUUGGUUGUCUUUGCUGUAGUUCUGGAGGCAGAAAAUCAAGAGAAUUUGAGCUGCUUGUUUGACUUGACCGCAUGCAGCCACAGUAAAAGUAGGACGUCCCAGAAAUGCGCUUGUUUUUAGUUUCCUUACAACUUGCAACCUGAUUGGUUGGGUGAUUUUUUUUUUUUUUUUUUUUUUUUUUGAAAAAAGGGAAAGCGAGAGGGUUUGAUGUCAUCAUGUGGCGAUGAUCAAAGCAGCUUCACUACCAAGCAAUAUAUAUUUGAUCAAAUUAAUAUCAACCUAACCCUAACUACUUGGGGAUUUUUUUUUUUUUUUUUUUUUUUAGAGAGAGAGACCUGAGUGCUAGGUUUACACUUCUUGCAGUAAUGUUACUGCACAACAUGCUCCUUUGAUAGUCAGAACUCUCUCGUACUCUUCAGAAGUCCAUUUUGAAUGCAACGUACCCCUAGGGAUUAAGGCUAGGUUGUGUGUGUGUAGCAGGGUGCAUGUAGAGGAUAGGAUUAAAGACUGAUGAAUAGAAAUAGAGGAGAGAGGGGUGAGGGAGCGCUCUGGGCAGAUUAGAGUAUAAAGACCAGGAGACACAACAAGCUGGCUGUCUGUUCUUAACACUGAGCAGGUGAGCAGGAGAUCAGGCGUGUUGGCGUUUCUGUAGUAUGAAGAAGUUGGACAGACUUUUCCAUGAUACAGACCAGGACUAGCUGCAUAUUAGAGGUUUAUGUGGGGCUGUUUGUUUGUUUAUUUCCCAAUCCCUGGUUCUCUCAAUGAUCUCGACUAAUCCCACCCACUUCAGUAAAGAGUUUGAUCAGUCCUGCCCACUACUUCCGAAUUUUUAACCAAUACAGAAAAUUUGACCAAUCCUGUCCACUGAUUAACCCCUCCCACUCCUGCAGAAAGUUUGGUUUAUGUGGGACUGUUGUCUAUUUUUUUUUAUUUUAUUUUAAUAAUUACUGUGAGAUCAGUCCCCUGCUCUCACAGUAAUUAUUGUUUGCACCUACCCAUAAUAUUUUCUGACAGACUUUGGUUGAUUUAUUCGUCAAAACUCUUUUAAAAAUGUACCUUUUAAAACCAAUAUGACCCAUGAUCAUGUAUGGUUUUUUUUUUUUUUUUUACUUUAUAGUCUGUAUACCAUGACGGUUAUCUGUUUGAUCUGCAUGCUCUGCGUUUUUCAGAGGAUGACAAAAAAAAAAAAUUAUCGCGUUACCAUUUUGUUAUGGGUAGGGUUGGGUUUGUAUAGAUGGUGUGUAUAUAGAUACCUUUUGGAGAGCAGGCUAUCAGAGAAGGAGUGGGCGGAGAGAGCGAGAGGUAGUCAGACAGACAGACAGGCAGCUACAUGUCUCAGCUCAGCUAUGCGGGCAACUUUGUGGCCAGAGCCUCACGUGACCUCCCAACUCCAGUACUGCAGGAUUGCGCUCUCGGAGCGACUGCCCCGUCUGCUGUCCUGCUCGCCGAUUCAUCUAUUUGCCUAGAGGAUGAGGGAAUAAACAACAUGGAUGCACUCAACUGGACAUCCGACAUCACGCAUACAAAUGGCCAAACAAACACCAGCCGCUUUGCCAACUGGGUCACUUUUGAUGAUGAUGUUGAUGAUAACGAUAACGAUGAUGAUGAUGAUGAUGAUGAUUACGUGGAGGAGCAAGCCUACCAGCAUGCGGCCAAACCAUCCAACGUUAGGAUUGGUAACCUGAACAAUUUACGUUUACAGGACCCCAAUAGCAACUUGAUUGUGUCCUCCAUCCAAAACCAGAGUACGGAGAGACACAUUCUGGAUUUAACCCCAGAUGGAACGGAUACUGUGUUUGUCUUGGAAAGCCCGCUGUUAAACAGCAGCACUCCUUACUCCAAGAAGAAUCCCUUUCUGCACGAGGAUUUUUCAAACGUCCAGCCCUCUCCUAUUAACCCUUUCAGUGCCUAUUUUAAUAAGACUGCGCUGACGUCAUCGGACAGCCAUGAAACCCAGGGGACACCUCCCGCCUUCUCGUUCGAUUCUCCUCUCCCUAAUCCUGACACCCAAAGGGAUUCCUCCCUUUUCUUUUCCACUGCAGGGAAUUUAGAUCAUGGGAGUGGGACUGGUCCCACAGGUUUCCCUUGCGAUGGCCUGGAUCAGUUCAAAAACAUGCAGAUCUCUGAUCCUGACCAGGAACCUUCUCUACCAGAUGACUCCCUGGACCAAGGGGACGACGCGGACAUCCCAUAUGAACCGGCUCACAUGGCUCCUCAAGAUGGCUGGCCCAUGCUCCUGCGCAUUCCCGAGAAGAAGAACAUCAUGUCUUCUCGGCACUGGGGGCCGAUCUACGUAAGACUGAGCGACGCUGGUAAGCUGAGGCUCUACUAUGAGAAAGGCCUGGAGAAACACUUUAAGGAGUUUCAGCUCGGUGUCCAGCUCGAGAUCUCCGAACACAAAAUGCAACACUAUGAAGAGAACAGCCGUGUCCAUACUCUCAGCUUGGACCAAGUGGUAUACAAGGAGAAGCGCAAGAUCCAGCCAAAAGUCACCGUGGUUCACCUGCCUGUAAAGGAGCAACUGGUAAAGCUUGGGACCACGGACUACCGGGAUUUUCUAAGCUUCAGGUAUGCUUUGCAGGAAAAGCUGGCGGUGUUGUCUGCAGACGUGGACGCCAUCAACUCCCCCGUGCCUUACUCCGAAGAGGAGAUUCAGGUUGAAGUUGUAGAUAGCUUUUACGGGGUUCUGUCAAAAGGAGACAACCGUAUCCUCCGACAGCUGGUAACGACCCGGAUUUCCGUGCUUGCCUUCUUAACGGGCUCACCCCCCUGCUGCAUAGGCCUCAACGAUGUCCAGGUGAAAGGUAAAGAGGUGGUGUCCCGGCAUGACAUCAUCCCCAACACUACCACACGCUGGAUCCGUCUACGCGACUGUCGACUGCACGGGUGCGCAGACGAACCAGAGUUUACACGGUCCAGGACGAUCUCCUUCGAGCCCCCAUCAGGACGGAGAUUUGAGCUUCUGCGUUUCCGGACAGCGUACGCAGAGAAGACUCUGCCCUUCACCCUGAGGACGGUCGUCAGUGUUCGAGGUGCGGAGGUGGAGCUACAGUCCUGGCUAGUGAUGUCAACAGGCUUCUCAGCCAGUAGAGACCCUCUAACGCUGAUACCAUGUGAAAACGUUGUUAUCCGUUACCCCAUACCUGAUACGUGGGCAAAGAACUUCCGCAGGGAGAGCGUGACGGGAGAAAAGUCCUUGAAGGCACGCUUUAAUAAAGGAGCCAGCUUCGGUUCCGCUAGCACCUCGGGGUCAGAACCAGCUAUGCGGGUUACUCUGGGCACCGCGAAGUACGAGCAAGCCUUCCGAGCCGUGGUGUGGAGAAUCAGCCGCCUGCCAGACAAAAACUCAGUGUUGGGUCACCCUCACACCUUCUUCUGCCGUUUGGAGCUGGGCUCUGACUGGGAGGUGCCAAACAAGUUCCAGGAUGUGUUGGAGGUGGAGUUCGACAUGCCUGCUGCUUCAGCCUCGAAGACCAGCGUCCGCUCCCUGUCUGUCCGAGACAGGGCCGAGCUGAAGAAGUGGAUCACUUACAAAGCGCAUUACUCCUACCAGGUGGAGAUGGAGCAGAAGAACGAGGGACCGGAGGAGCAGGCAGGGCGGUGCGUUCAGCAGUGAUGAGGAACCGCUUCUUCAUGGUUUUUUCUUUGGAAGGGGGGGGGGGAUAAAAAAGUUGCACUUUGAAUGCCUGGAAACACUGCUGUUAAAAUAAAAAGGACUGCAUGGGAUUUUUCUGAGUAGAAAUGAUGUGAAACAAGUAAGAACAUUUGUACAAGUUGCUCAAUGCCACAUCAAGCCUUAUAUUCAGGACAACACAGUAGCAGGUUCUCCAUGAAGCCUGGCUCAACCUUCUAGCCAAUUUCCUUAGAAAAGCUUUGUUUUAACUUUACAGGAUUUCUGCCAUCACGUUACCUUAAGGCUCCCUUAACUAAAGUCAGCCGCGUUCACUUUGAGUAUGAAACCAUGUACUUACCUACUAUAUAGUAGGUAAGUACGCAGUUGUCUAUUUACACAUAUCAUGACAAAUAAUUAUCUGCACUUGAAAAAUCAAAAACAAAACUCCUGUAAACAUACUCAAUGAUGGAGUGGUGCUCACCAUGUUACAGCUUUACCACCGACACCGGAGACUCCUUCCGUAAACGUCAAAUAAACAUCUCCAUUACAGAGAACAUCUACACAUGUUUUUAAAUCCAUUUACGUGGCGCUUCCGCUGUACAAAUCCGUGUGAACGCGUGUAUUAACUGACCUUCGAUGUGUCUAAAUUAAAUUUAUAGCACGAUCCUAAACGUGUUCCAAGUAAGGCUGGGCCAUACGACAAAAAUAUAUCUCACGAUAUAAACAAAUUUAAAAGGGAACACAGUUUAAAUGUUUUACACUUAAAAAAGAAUACUGUGACAGUCACCCAGCCCCGUACCCGAGUGCUCUGCCCAGUUUGUAAUUGUUUAGGGAAAAGGUCAGUUUAAAAAAUAAUAAAUAAAUAUCUACCAGUUUCCACAAUGUUACAGAAACACAUAUUGAUAUUCUUUCAUGGGGGAACCUUAAUGUAAAGUGUUUCCUUACAUGCACCUCAGAGGUUUGUACAGAAGAAAAAGGGAAAGAAAAAACAAACCAAAACACUAAUCCCAGUACUCACCAGUAGUGGUGCUGAUCGUUGUAUCCCAGUUUGGUUUGUAGAUUUUAAUACAAGAUUCUUUGCCCUUCAGCGAGGAAAUGGAGGAACUCGACUGGGGUCUGUGAGGGAUGAAAUCUGCACAAAAAAAAGAAGAGGAAAUCUAGUUAAACUUGAAUUCCAUCCUAGAUUGAGGUCAUGAUCACUAUUAGUACAGCACAUCAUUAAUACAUUUUUUUUUUAAACAAUGUAAUUGUUUAGAAUUGAGGGAAGGGAACAGUGGCUCCGUCUUCGAUUAUUCCCUUAGAACAGCACGACGCGCAGCGUACGGCUUAAAUAAAUCCCCCCAAAGUUACUUUCAUUUCAGGACAGAGUUAUAAUGAAUGACUUAACAAAAUGAAAUCUUUUGUAUCCUGCAACAAGACAGCCGGCCACAACAAAGCACAGAGUCUCUAACAUCCUCACACACCGAAUGCUUCCUUCAGAUCACCGCGAGUACGCAAACUUUUGCACGCAGGUGUAACGUGUGUAUAUAUGUAGAUCAGUACAAUAACGCAGAAGUCAGUACGAAGGUCAUUUCUGAAAACACUGUUUGCGUUACAAACACACGAGAUAUAUUUGACUGAUCUUUUAUUUUUACCCCGACGCCGAAAAGCGACAUUUUGUAAAUUGAGAAAUUCAGGUCGAACGGAUCGGGUCUUGCUGCGGCGUCGCUUCGUCGCGAGGUCAGUGCCGAUAUCGGGGAGAAAAUCUACUGUAUUGUUUUAGUGUUAUAUUUGUGUUGAUAGUGCAAGUGUAUAAUGUUAAUAUUUUUUUAAUAUUAGUAGACAGUGGUGGCAGUGACGUGAGGUUUUUUAAAAAAAAAUAAUAAUAAUAAAAAAAUUCCCUUUUGGUCCAAAUUUCAGACUUUCUUGUUUGGUUAUUUUUCUUUUCAGUGCUGUUUGAUAUUUGUUUCGAGUCCCCACUCUCCCCCUCCCAUCAGUGCUUCUUGACCGAAGUUUGAAACAAAAAUUUUUUAUUGUUAUUGCAGAGGAGGUCAAAUAAAAUAAAUAAAUAAUAAUUUAAAAAAAAAAAAAAAGUGUUCGAGACUGGAGAAAGCAAUUUUUUUUUUUUUUUUUUUUUAAAAACAAGCUCUUUAUUUUCUUUAAUUGUGCAAUUGUAUUAAUAAUUUGGAUAAUUACCGUUAUUAUUCUCAAAUCAUUUUACAAAAUCGGUUAAUAAUACGUCCGAUUGUUUGCCGAUUACUCCUUCGUUAGUGUUUGUAAAAUGAGAGAGUGCAAGUGUUCAGAUAGAUCCGGUGGUGGUGCGAGUGUUUUAUAGCUCGGAGCUGCCUUUUUGACAUCUUGCUCUUUUUUCUCGAUUUUCUUUUGGAAAUGAUUAUUUCAGAAUUUAAAAAUAAAUAAAUAAAAAUGUAAUAAAACGGACAAAAACACAGCCGCGGUCCGAGACUCGUACGGAUGCGUCCGUGUAUCCAUGAGAUCAUAUCCUGAUUAGCCUGAUACUCUGCCUACACUUUAAAAAUAAAUAAAUGUUGUAA